UAUAUAUUUCUCCUCUACGCCAUGCUAUGUCUGAUAUCACUUGUCGAGGCACCACCGUGGUGAACGGUCGGGUCAGUUCGUUCCUCUCCCCGUCGCGCCGUUUACGUAUUACGUACGCGCGUCUGCAUCCGUCUCGAGCGACGAAUUGCAUAUUCCUGGCCGCGAUCGCGCGACAGCGUCUCGCCUGCCUUGUUAAGAGCCCUCGAGUUACCGAGUAACGAAUUCACGCUGUGUGCAGACCCUGUACGACCGCUUGACACGUCGCGAUCGGCAUUCACGCACCGUGCGCCAAUUCAUAUUCGGACUCGUUUGAGUAUAACCUAAAAACCGUCGUGAAUGUUGGUAGUUUCUGCGUACCCGACGGCCUCCUCUUCCUCGUCCUGUUGUCGAUCGCUCGUGCGAAACUGUGUAAGAUCACGACGCAUCGUCGACUUUCACACGGUCACCGCGUAAAAGCGUCGCGCUCAAACGGAUACGCGCGCAGCGGCACAGCUGCACACGUUGCUCCCGUGUCACGGGCAUAAGGACAAAUUUUUUCGACGUCAAACGGUCACCUGGAAAGUAGUCAAAAUUCCGGUCCCCACUAGGAAACGAGAAGGCCCCCAACAAACCGGCGGCAGGAACCCACCGUUCACUGGCGAAGAACAGUCGUCGGCGGGCAGAAUGAACAGCAAGAGAAAGAAUCGUUCCAACAACAACAGAUCUCCACGAGCUCGCGGCCCACAAGAAAGAUGUGUCGCAGCAGAAGGAGUGUAUAACAAUGCUCAUUUUAUGCAUGCAAUUACUAGCCAUGUUGGCAAUACAGUACAGAUACAAACUCAAAAUGGCUCAGUAUAUGAAGGCAUCUUUCGAACAUUUUCCAGUCAGUUUGAUGUAGUACUGGAAAUGGCCCAUCGUGUAGAUAGUUCGGGCAAAAUAAGUGUAGAUAGCGUAGUUGAAAAGUUAAUUUUUAAACCCCAUGACAUUGUCACCAUGUCUGCCAAAAAUGUCGACUUGGACUAUGCCAUAAGAGAUACCUUUCAAACAGAUACAGCCAUUAGUAAAUUUAAUGGCUUGAUCGGUGAAAAGGAACUAGAGCCUUGGGACGCCCCGAGUACUAUGAAUGGAGCUGAUUUAGAGCUGGAUGGUGCUGCCAAUGGUUGGGACGUUAACGAAAUGUUCCGUAAAAAUGAACAAGAUUAUGGGGUGCAAACGACAUUUGAACCUUCUUUAGUUGGUUACACACUUCAGCUCCAGCGUAAAGAUACGAAAGAUUACAAGGAGCAGGAGCAAAAGGCAGCUGAAAUAGCAAAUGAGAUUGAGUCUCAACCUAAUCAUAGAGCUAGAUUAGAGGUGGAGAACGGUGACGAAGAGGAGAGAUUUGCAGCUGUGGCAAGACCUACCGAAGGAAAAUACGUCCCGCCACCGUUGAAAAAGAAGAGUGGGAAUACUGGCAAAUUGAUGAGGACCAAUGAAUCGCCGUCUUCGCCAGGAACUACGAAUGAUAAGAAUGUCUACAAUCAACCAUCUCCUGCGGUUAAUGUGAAUGUUCCACAGUCGAAUAUACCAGUCGGAAUACAAUCCGCUCAUUCGUCGGUGCAACAUCCGGUACCCUUGAACAUGGGUAUGCCACCUAGUGGAGUAGUUGUUACGUAUAAUAAUCCACCGCCGCCGUUUGUGCCUCCACCGACCACGCAGUCUCAGCAACCAGGAAUUCAGCAGAAUCAAGCGCCGCCAUCUUCUCUGCCGCAAGUAGGCUUCCCGUCGCAACAGCAGCAGCAGCAGCAGCAGCAACAGCAACAGCAACAGCAAACUCCUUCAAAUAAGAUGAAUACGGAGAAACGUGAACGUCCUGGAAGGCAACAGGUCUAUCAGGCUGAUAAAGCACCACCAGCUCCAUUUCCCCAGUCCAGUGUUGCGUCUUCGCAUCAACAACAACAGUCCUCUCAUCAACAGCACACGAUGGCGCAACAGAAUUCCGUGGAGGGGCAGCGAUGCGAAAUAGUUACACAUAAAUCAGAUCAUAGAAAGGUUCCGACACCGCGCGGCAGAGACGAGCAGCAUUCAGAGCUGAGACAGUUUGCUACGGAGUUCAAAUUAGCAGAAUCGCAAGGUCCGCCGGAUACUCCGCAAAUUUCCAGAAAACAACAACAUCAGCAUCAACAACAGGAUGUGCAUACCGCCUCUCCGAUGAAUCAGACUCAUCACCAAACUUCUCAUCAGCACACGAGUCCGCAGCAACAAUCGCAACAGCAACCACCGACGCAACAGCAUAGCAAUUCUCAUCAGCAACAUCAAGCUGUACAAGAGGAGCCGGUAGUCACCAAUAAACCGCCACCUGGUCCGUUAGCAGUACGAUCUACGAGCCCGCCUCAGCAAUCGCAGCAACAGCAGCAGCAACAGCAACAGCAACAACCACCGCCACCACCGUCACAAACGAAUAGCCAAACGGUGCAGCAAUCUCCACCGGAACCCGCGGUCGACAAGAUAACUAAUGCUUUCAAGAAAUCAACCUUAAAUCCGAAUGCUAAAGAAUUUAAUCCAAACGCAAAGCCAUUUACACCGAGGUCCCCUAGCACACCGACACCUAGUCGACCGCAUACACCUCAGACUCCACAAUAUACAGGAGCGACUAUACCCACGGCCGUCGUCAUGCCCGCGUAUGUGAUGACCAAUCAGCCACCGACGGCUUUCAAUCAACCACCCGCUCAACAAGUGACGAGGUUCCGGAAGGUGCAAAUGAUGCAGCAUCGUGGACCGGACAUAACAUCUCAGAUGCAAGUGGCCGCGGCAACGGGACAGCCGUUAUUGGCGCCAGCUCCGUUGCAUCCUCCAUUCCAGGUGCCUUAUCCGGGACAACCGGCGUACCAACAGAUGGUACGCAUGGUCCAGGCACCGCCACCACCACCGCACAUGGCCACGCCGUAUCAUCAUCAUCAUGAUUCGCAGGGACCACAAGCCCCUGGUAUUCAGUAUAUGGGUCCACACACUCAUCCGCACCCUCAUGUCGCGCAACAACCACCUAGCCAAACACCGUCUCCGGCUAAUCCAAAUCAACCACACACACCGGGCGCUUACAAUCCACCUGGUACUCCACAGCCGACGUAUCCACAACCACCUCCUCAGGGUCAUGCUCCGAGUUACCCAAUCAUGUGCCCCCUAAUUCCACCCCAUAUGACGAUCCCGCCACAGCAUAUGCAAUACCUGCCGCCACAGCCGCCUCCGGGUGCGCAACAAACUAUACCAGUCAUUCUGCCGCAUAAUCAGUAGCUGCAAUGAAUUAAUCGAAGAGAAAGAUGAUCGCUAGUAUUCUGCUGAGAUAGAAUAAAACUUUCGAAAUUGAGUUACUUUCAUGAUGAUGUAAAAUCGCAAUUGUCCGAAAAAACUGCUCGCCUUGGUCGUGAUUCAUCUCUGGCCCUCAUGAGCUCUCGAGAUUUAUUCGUAUUGCUGCUAAUUAACGGCGCAAUUCAAAUGGCAGCCAACUUUCUAUAUCGAUGAGCGAUCUGAGAAAUUAUCUUGUAUAUUUUGUGUUACAGCGAGAGAGAUGAAAGAAUAAUAUAUCGAGCUGCUUAAUCGGUACAAAGUAAUGAUAUAUCCCCGCAUGGUAUUUUAAAAUUAUUUAAAACUGUUAAAAACUGUGUCGUAAUCAUGAAAGUAACUUCUCCUUUACAUGUAGGUCGAUUAACGAAAAAUGACCUAUGCUUGUGUAUUAUUGAGUCAUUCAAAAAUUUGACCAUUGAUUAUUUCAAUCAAAUUUUAAGAUUGCAAAACGACCGUUCAACACCAUCGUUUAACGUCAUUCCCCAUAAAACUUCCGCAAGUUUAUUUUUAUCGGAUUAAUAUGCCAGAUGCAGAAAGAAAUUUUCUAGUUUCUUUUAUAUCAUGCAUUUUUAUUACGUAGUGCCUAAUACAUUGGAGGGUACACAGGAGAGAAAGAGAGACAGAGAGGGGGGCGGUGAGGGAGAGAGAAUACGCUCAUUCAAUACAUAGAUUUUUAAUUGGAAAAAUUUCGAUAUUACCUCAACAACAAACGUAGUUCGCACUACUUCGACAACAUAUGUACCUUCAGAAAAAAUUCCAAAUAUUAUGCUGAGAUUUCUGAGCGAUCACGCCAAUGAAGCGGAUUUUUCUUUUUUGUUUCUCUUUCCUUUUAUACGCGAAAUAAUUAUCGAAAUUACGUAGAGUAUACACACACACACACACACACACACACACACAUACACGUAUAUGGAAGUAUAUGGCAUAUUUUUCUGCUCGCGCUUUCAUACGCGAUAAUUCCACUUGCAAAGAAGAAUGAGAAGAAUACGCGAAAGAAAGAAAGGGAAAAAAAAAAAGAAAAAAAGAGAAAGAGAAAAGAAGACUUUCUGAAAGUCGCAACUUCUGAUUUGAUCCGAAUGAAAUGAACGAUAAUUAACGAAGAACGUUGGAGUGCGGCUGCAGGGUAACACUAGCGGAGUACGCGAUUCUGCGGUUUGUUGAUAAUGAGUUUUGUUACGAGAUGUUGAUACAUGCAGGAUCCCCGAAUGUGAAGAACUACGUCGAGUAUGCGAUACGACAUCUGCAUCCCUGUAAAUCAUGCUAUUGUUAAAAAUGGUGCAAAUACUGUCGCGAACGGUAAGCAUCUGAAAGGUACAAAAUUGGCAUAUCUAAACACGUGUAAACUACGACUGAUCAUUUUCUAAAAGUAAAAGGACAAUUGUUAAAAAAAUCUUGUUUGCUUGAUACAAUCUAUGUUCUUGCUGUGUGUAAUGUUUCAAAAAUAAAUUCGAGUGAAACGAGAAUUAUAUUGUUAGGGAAACGAUCUGACUGAAAUCCGCAUUGCGACAACACGUAAAUAUUUUAUUAAGUGUUGAAAAAAAACUGGAGCUAAACUUUGGAAAUUUGUAGUGGCAAUGACACGUGAUAUAGGGUACAAAGUAUAUAAGUACAAAGUGGCAG